AGCAGCCGAUCCCCACAGCUUAGGGAGGACAGCACGCGCACAACGACAUCACAACAGCAACAAGCGGCACACGCCCAGCACCAUAUCUCAGUAGCACAUAUUCACUGUCUGUGACACACAUCAGAAGUUUUCUGUUCAGCGGUCAGGCUGAAGUAAGCAUUCGCGAGAACGUUUAACCUCAUUUCCCACUUAAAGGAGUGGAUAAGGCUUGAGCUAAAAGAAGAUCUCUAAUUGCUUUUCCAAUGCUGGACUAUUAUGGUCCAGCUUGAGAGCACCAAAUGCAGUUUUCUCCUCUGCCUUGGAGUCUGCAUCCUAAUCUGUUCAGUCAUCUACCUGAAAGCCAAAGUAUCCAAUGCACCUCAAGCUAUUGUCCUUCCAAAUGUCUUAAGCUGCCAACCCCUGCCUGACAACUGUCCAAUUCUUCCAUCAUCACCUCCCGGGUUUAAGUGGCAGCGAAAUGACUGUACGAACACCAGCGAGGUCAACAAACCUAAAGUCAGCUGCGCUAGAUUGAGGUCAGAACUUCACUUCAUUAUGUCGCCACUGAGCAAAGAAGAAAAAGACUUCCCUUUGGCCUUCAUCAUCACCAUACACAAGGAGCUAAAAACAUUUGUGAGGCUCCUGAGAGCAAUCUAUGUGCCUCAGAAUGUCUACUGCAUUCACAUAGACGCAAAAGCGCCAGAAGAAUACAAGACAAGGGUCCAGAACCUAGUGAGGUGCUUCCCAAAUGUCUUCUUGGCAUCUGUCAGCGAAAGGGUGACCUACGCUGGCUUCUCCCGUCUUAAGGCUGACAUCAACUGCAUGAAGGACCUGGUAAGAUCUCCAAAGAAAUGGAGAAGAGUUAUAAACUUGUGUGGACAGGACUUCCCCAUCCAAAGCAACCUGGAGUUGGUUCGGUACAUGCAAGGAUCUAAAUGGAAAGACCGGAAUAUGACGCCCGGAGUCAAGCAGCCACCAACUAUGCAGCAUAGGACUGAGUUUCAGUACGUGGAGGUGAAAGACUCCCAUGUGGCACUAAAGGGCAAGGGUGAAAAGAAGGGACCUUCUCCACACAACUUGACUAUCUACUUUGGGACUGCUUAUUACUCCUUGACAAGAGAGUUUGUGGAAUAUGCCCUCAGCAGCCCGGUUGCCCAAGACUUGCUCGAGUGGUCUAAAGAUACCUUUAGCCCCGAUGAACAUUACUGGGUAACACUAAAUCACUUAGAGGAAGCACCCAACAGUCACGUCAAUGGUGGAUGGGACGGCAAUAUUCGUGCAAUCAAAUGGAAGGACCAAGAAGGAACAGUACACCAAGGCUGUGAAGGACGAUAUGUCAGGGAUAUCUGCAUCUUUGGGAUUGGGGAUUUACCGUGGGUCGUCAACAAAGGCAGCAUGUUUGCUAAUAAAUUCGAGACUGCAAGCUUUCCUGAAGCUCUGGAUUGCCUGGAAUUGUGGCACAGGAAUAAACUUCUCCAACAAGCCACAGUUCCCAUUCAGCCAUCAUGGCAUCUUGCAACAUUGGUAAACGUCAACAGCACUCUUAUUUCAACAGCUGGUGGCUGAACAUCAAAACUGUUUUGGGACAAAUAUCGGCGCAUUGAAAGUCAUAAAGAAAGGGAACUAAAGCAAAAUUCACACAGUAAGUAACCAUUUCCAGGCUUGCUAAAUGAGAUACCACACAUCACAAAAUGAACUGUUUUAUCUAUCAGCAUCAGUUCCUGUUGUGCCGAAACCAAGAUUUCAUGGAUGCUGUAGUGACAAAUGUAAUAAAUAACAAUGCCCUCUGUGGAAGAUUUCCUGCGAGCUACAAUGCAAAUUUGCCAGGACAUACACAACAUCCACAAUGUACACACAAACAUACAGCUCUUGAAGUUUUAACAUUGUAAGAACAUUAAUUGACUUGUGAGUGUUGAGUAAUUUAUUUAAAGUGUUGUACUGUUCAUAAUUACAUUAGUAAUUAUUUAGACUAUUUAUUGACAGCUACCAUUUUAAUGCAGUUACUGAAGCAUUCAUUACCCAAAAAUGAAAAUUCUCUCAUUAUUCAUCGAUCAAUGGAUGUCUUCUGAAGCUAAUCAAUAGGUUUAUGUAAGAAACAAGUCGAUAAUUAAAUUGGCUUCCAUCCAAGGCUCUGGUGCGGUUUGAAAUGGCCGAAACGCUUCGCGUUAGCUGCUGGCAGGAAGUGCAUUUUAAAAGUUAAUAAUGUUUUAAUUAUCGAUUUAUUUUUACACAAACGUAUCGAUUUGCUUCAGAAGACAUUCAUUGUUCGACUGGAGCCAGGAUUUCUUUUAUGCUACCUAAAUGUGACAUUUGGACAGUCAAAGUGCUGGCACCUGUGUACUUCCAUUAUAAGGAACUGACAGAGCUCUAUGUUCUUCUAAAAAUCUUCAAUUGUGUUUUGCUGAAGAAAGACAGUCAUACACAUCUGAGAUGGCAUCAGGAUAAGUGAAUAAGAGAAUUUUCAUUUUUUGAGUGAACUAUUUCUUUAAGUCAGGGGUGUCAAACUCAGUUCCUGGAGGGCCGCAGCCCUGCAGAGUUUAGUUCCAGCCCUGCUCCAAAAUGCCUCCUUGUAAUCUUCAAGCACUCCUGAAGACCUUGAUUAGCUGCUUCAGGUACGUUUAAUUAGGGUUGGAGCUAAACUCUGCUGGACUGUGGCCCUCCAGGAACAGAGUUUGACACCCCUGCCAUAAGUGAUUAAGAUUUAUUUAUGUAAGAACCAGUUAAGAUUUAUUUAUGUUGAUGGUUCUUUUUAUUUAUUUUUUUAUAAAAGUUAUAUAUGUGCAGUAUCAGGGCAAUAGCUUCCUAUGGUUUUACUUAUAAGCAUUCAAACAGUAGGGGUGGGCAAUAUAGUGUCUGAAUAAAACAUAUUCAAUAAUAUAUUAAUAUUAGAUAUUAAAUUAUAUUAUUACAUAUAUUUUUUUGUAUUUAACAUUAUUGAAUUUAUUAUUAUAUAAUAUACUAUAUAUAUUUAACAUAUAAAAAAUGGUAGAAACUAUUCAUUUUUUAGUAUUGUUUCUGAUUCAAGGUUAUGCAAAAUAGUACUGCAUGGUAGGGAAUGUGCAUUACAAACACUUUGCGUUCAGUUUGCUAAGCCCCACCCCCUUAGUUACUGCUGCUAAUGCAGUCCAUUUAUUUGCCCUUGUUCUGCUGCUGUCAAACACGGAUUGAUAUUGGAUUAAAACUGUGUUUUGAUUGAGUGAAUUACCUCAAGAAUUGAUCAAUAACAUCUGAAUUAACUGUGUAUUUAUAUCCAGUUAUUAUGUAUAGUCAUCAAAAAGGUUUACAGUACGCCAUGGAAGGCUAAACCUGUGAAGCUGGACAAAGAAAUGCGUUAAAAACACUAUUUUUAUGUUGAAGUACUUUCUCCUACCCCAUCUUAAUAUGCUGAGACAACUAUGAGUAAGACAUUCAUAGGUAAAAAAUAAAAAUAAAAAUGUAAACCCUGUGUCUGUGUAGCAUUAUGAAAAUACUCUGUAGUUGUUUGUUUUGAGUGACCCAUCUGAAAAGAGACAAUAACACUGACUCGACCAAUGGCAUGAGUUGGGGGUGGGACUAUCUGUUUGUUCGAUCAACGAGGGCGUGUUCAGAAAGCCGUUUUGAAAACAAUGUUUAUUUUCCCAAUUCCGUUUGGUGGCGCUAGUGGCACAGAAAUUACAUACUUCAGUUUUAAGGCUAGGGUACACUUUGUUUAUCCAUUUGUCGUUCCGUCUCGCGCACAGUUGAGCACUCAGCCUUUCGAAAUACACUCUUUUGACAGCGAGUCCAGAGGAAUGUGUUAGACGAAGUGCAAUAAUGCAGACUAUCUGCUUGUCUAGAAACACUAGAAUUCACGCAAACAGUCUACGAUGACUAAAUUUGUGUUGCGCCCACUGUAUGGUGUAUAUAGCCAUUAUAACUUUCAAAUAAAAAUAGAGAAGCCUCAUUUGAAUGCAAAGUAGAAAAAAUAAUAUUUUUAAUGAUUAUUUAUAAUUAGCUAAAUAAGUAAGAUGCCUGGUUAGCUCAGUGGUAAAGACGCUGAUUACCACCCCUGGAGUUCGCUAGUUCGAAUCCCAGGGUGUGCUCAGUGACUCCAGCCAGGUCUCCUAUGCAACCAAAUUGGCCCAGUUGCUAGGGAGGGUAGAGUCACAUGGGGUAACCUCCUCGUGGUCACUAUAAUGUGGUUCGUUCUCGUGGGGCGCGUGGUGAGUUGAGCGUGGAUGCCGCGGUGGAUGGCAUAAAGCCUCCACACGCGUUAUGUGUCCGUGGCAACGCGCUCAACAAGCCACGUGAUAAGAUGCGCGGAUUGACGGUCUCAGACGCGGAGGCAGCUGGAAUUCAUUCUCCGCCACCCGGAUUGAGGCGAAUCACUACGUGACCACAAGGACUUUAAAGCACAUUGGGCGUUCCAAAUUGGGAGAAUUUUUGUUAUUUUUUUUUUUAUUAGCUUAAUAAGUUAAGUCAAAAGGAUCUUUCAUUAUUUUUCAGUGGCUUUUUACUCACUUUACUUUAAAAUUUUGUAGACUGUGAUUUAUAUAUAUCAUUAUUAACCAAAAUUAUUAAAAUAUAGUAACAGAACAUUUCACCUAUAUUGCCCACUCCUAGGAGCCAAAUUCUCUUGUGUGUCCUUUAAUUUUCUCAAUAUGUAAAUUUUCAUGCAAAAUGAUGUACACAUGGACAUCUGCUAUGCAGAGGUUAAUGCAGUCAAAAUUUGAUUUCAGUCCAGUUCAUUUUGUCCAGUUGAGUCUUUAUGCUUCACUUUCCAUUGCUGUCACUAUAUAUUCACUCAAUAAAACCCCAUUAUACACAUUCUA